AGGAGUGAGUAUCUCAGAAUCUAUUGGUCGGUAUAAAAAUCAGGAAACAGAUAAGUAUAUGGUGGAUCAGUACUAUAGUUUAGUGAUAUCUUGCCAUAGUUGAGGACACACUCACAACUUAACUCUCAACUCCAUAGUCCAUACUCAUUGUUAGUACACCUAACUCUAUUUAUAGUAAUUCAACAAUCGAUUGAAAUCAAUUUAGAAACUCCCGGAUAAAUACCUUGAGAGCAACCGAAUGUUUCUAGAAAUUUAUCUCUAACGUUUACGAUGUUGUAGAGAGGACAACUAUUUAGUUAGCUUUGUUGUGAAGUUUACAACUAGAGAUUGGGGCAUUCGCUCGUCUGUCACGUGACCCACUCGUUAUGUCCGCAUUAUUUCGCUCUCUGAUUUGCUGUCGGCGCUUUACGUCAUCAAUACUAGAAGAGAGUGUGUUGUACAAGACGGUCAGACGAGGGACGGUGAAAUAUGGAUACACAUCCGGGACUUGUCGGAUUUCAUCCAUAUUUGGAAAUUUUCAUUGUGCUACAUUUCACACGACCUCUCGACGACAUGCAGUGUGGCUUGCUAAUCCAUAUUUGUACAGAAUAGUCGCAUUUGUAGGUGGACGGUUAAUGAGGAGAUGGUGGAAGAAACUGCCCGACAAGACAAGAAGAAGAUAUGUUGGUGUGUUGUCAAAGAGUGGACAUUGGAUAUUUGUGGGUACUCUAGGAGCGUUUGCAGGUAGUGCUGGAUAUUAUGCGUAUCAUUUGGAAGAAGCACCGAUCUCUCAUCGUAGAAGGUUUAUGGCUGUUGAUCAGAGCGAAAUGAAAGAAAUUGGAGAUUAUUUGUUCUCACUUGAAAUGGCAACAGCUCAAGACAAAAUUGUAUCUGCUGGUCAUCCCAGUUAUGCAAGAGUUCUUGGUGUUACCACAAAACUAGUGCAAGCCAACAAGUGGGAUGAAGCGUUAGACGUCAACUGGAGGAUUGUCAUUAUUGAUGAUCCUACUGUGACGGCAUAUGUUAUGCCUAGUGGUCAAAUUGUGGUGUAUACUGGACUGUUGGACAUGAUGAAGACGGACGACAUGUUGGCUGUCAUUCUGGGACACGAAAUGGCACAUGCAAUUAUGGGGCACAUGGGAGAGAAUGCAAGUCAGGAGCAAUUAAUUAAUUUUUUCUCAUUGAUCAUUAUUACUCUCGUGUGGUUCCUGCUGCCUGAUGUCACAGCUUUCUUCACUCAGUGGCUUGAGAAAAAGCUUACAGACGUGUUCAUGAAGCUGCCAUAUUCAAGAAAACUAGAGGGUGAAGCAGACGUUGUGGGUCUCAUGUUUGCAGCACGUGCGUGUUACGACAUUCGUGAGAGUUCAGUUUUGUGGGAGACUCUCGCAGUAGCCGAUGGAGACAACCAACCGGUUGAGUGGCUAUCGACCCACCCAGCGCACGAGACACGAGCCGGAUACCUCGACAUGAUCAUUCCCGACUUCAUCGAAUACAGAAAGAAAUGCAACUGCGACGAUUUAAAAGAUCGAGAUUUGAAGGCAUUCAAAGAGGUCGUGUGUCGUGAAGUGCUCGAGAAGAGACGACAGCAGAGAAAUCAACGAGGCAUAAAUCUUUGAAUGUGUAGCAGCUUUACAUGCACAUUGUCGUCAUACGUAAAUCAGACUGUUUACAGACUAAAACUAUCGUCAAAUUCUUUUAUAAAUUUCUGUUGCCUAGGCAGGCAUGCAGGGUUUUUCGAGAAGUUGGCUUUGUAUGAGUGGGUGGAAACAUGCAAUAGAGGAAAUGGACAGAAGUACAUGCGCAGUUUGUCCUUCGAUUUUGUGCAAUACAAAAACAUCAUUAUUUUAAA